UAAAAUUAGAUACAAGUAAUUUCUGUUGCAUAUCAAAUUGAUACUAAAGUGAUAUUUCAGAAAGUCAAUAAAUUAAAUACAUUUGAAACAGACAUCGAAGAGUUUCUUAAUUGUGUUCACACACAGCAAUAAAUGUCUGUUUGCAACACAAAGGUUUCCUCAAUUUCAGUCUAGUUUCGAUAAAAAAUAUUAAAUUGGUGUAAAUGUUACUAAAAUUUUCGUUAUCAACAUGAGCGAAGAUGCAACUAUUGAAGCUCAAAACAAAAUCGAUUCGGUUGUAAAGGAAAUCGACUUUGGUUACCAUCACGUGAACGAAAGUUUUGUUGUAUUUCCAGGUCCGGAAGACACGACAGAAAUCAAUUUUUCAUCCGAUGGUAACUUUAUCAAUCAUAAACAAUCAGUGACUCUUGUUGUUCGUGCCGGUGGUCACCAAAUUCCUUUUCUCUGUUGGAUUCUUCUUGUCGUCUUGCUCUUAUCAGUUGCUAUUUCUGUAAUUGUUGUUUGCUGUUUCUAUCUAAAGCAAAGAAGUGUCUCAAAAAGAAAAUUGAGAUCGAGAAUUGCUACACAUAUUAACGGAUUUCAAUCGUGCGACUGUAGACAUUUAGAAAUGCUUCCGAAAUAUGUUGCACAACCAGCUCAAAGCUAUUCAACACAGAAAUUAUAUCAAUGGUGUCAACAAAAAGAAAUGCAACAAUAUAAAUCUCUGUGGGCUGUAAACCCAAAUUCUUCAGGGCCAUCGUCUUCAAUUAUUCGUCAUACCGAAAGAACUGAGAAUCCAAAUGCCUACAAAACUCGUUCACUGCCAUCAAAACAUAAACAAAGACCAGUCACAUCUAUUGAGGAUCUCGACGAACUCUACAGUAAAGUUAACAUCAGUAAAAAACUGAGAAAUCGUAUGACAAAUGACGAAGCUGCGAUAAUUGCAUUUUGUAGAUCGAAAUCACAAAAUCUUUCACAGUUUACUGGUAAUGGUCCCAAAGGUGACGACGCUAUUGUUAUUUACGACGAAAGAACGGCAUUAUAAGAUUCAUCAUUACCAAGAAUUUAAUUGACUCAUUAGAUUAAGUUUGUUCAGAUUACGAAUUGUCGUAUUCUCUCUUUCUAAUCAUUUACUUAGAUUGAAAUUUUAAGUAAGAGAAAGAAUAUUUAAAUAUCUAUUUAAUUGAUUGUUCCUUGUAUUAUUCGAAUUUGGAGUUAAAAAAUAUCAAAGAAGAAUAUUUAAAUUCAUUCAUUGUUAUACAAAUCACGAAUCAUAUUCAAAAGAAAUGAAAAGAAGUAAAAUUUAAUUUUUCGCUCCAUUAAAGACUGAUAGAUGAUGAUUGUUCAUGGUGUCAUAAUUGUUCAUAUAAAUAUCUAUUUCGUCACUGUUCAAGCUGUCGAGAAACUAGAUGGUGUAAGAUUUAUGUCUUUAGAAUAAUUUAAUAAAAAUAAGUAAAAAAAUUCGUAAUUUUAAA